GUGUACUUGGUGGAUAAGAUGGCGUCUGUUCUGAAGGGCACAGGCCCUGUCUUGUUGAUUCUGCUUCCUUUGUGGGUGUUUCCUGGAUCCUCUGAAGAUCUAGCCUGGCAGGAAUUCAUGAAGCAACACCAUCUCAGUCUGGGCCUGGAUUUCAGCCAGCUGAGCUGUGAUGGUCUUAUGGGUACCAUGGAAUUUCUAAAGGGCAAAGCCUCCCAUAUCUUCAUCUAUGCUAUUUGGAGCCAGAUAGAAGAUAUAUGCUACAGGGAUGGGUUAGAUCGUUAUGAAAAUGUGAGGGUAUGGAGCAAGAAACCCUUUAAAAUCCUUACCUGUGAACUGUUGAAGUCUGGUCAGGGCUACAGGGACAUCAGAAGCUAUAGCUAUAUAGAGCUCCAUUGUGGCUUGAAUGGAUUCCCUGUGAGCCUGGAGGACACCAAAGUGAAGAAAAAAAUUUCCAAUUAGGGGACUAUCUCUAAUUAUACCACAAGCAGAAGAUUUUUGGCUAAUAAGGGUUAUUGGCCACCUGAGCCUAUGUCUUCCUGCCCAGCCCUGAAGGAUUGAAUACUGAAUAAAUUUGCUGAAGUUAGUAGUUUAUUUCCCAACAAUGGAAAGAAUCUGAAUCACUAUACCAUCCCAUCCUAGAACCUAUUCCUGUCCCAUCCCCCCAUUUCUCCCUUCCCCACAGUUGCUGAAGUCUGUGAGGAUUGAAAAGCUAAGCAAUAAGAACAAGGAUAGCAGAUAUGAGAAAGGAAGAUAUUCAUUUCUUGGGUCUUUGGCCUGAUAAAGGUGGUAUAGGGUAGAGAGCUUCAUAAAGGAAAAGGAUGCAGCAAAUUCUAAUCAAAUCUUUCUCCCUGUGAGAUACAAAGGAUGGAGAGGUCUUAGGAUGGUUGGAGGAGAAGGCAAAAUGAUUAGGAAAAGAAGAUAAUUUUUCUCCAAAUUGACUUUCCCAGUGUCUUCUUUCACUGAAUAAAAUGUUCUUCAAGGCUUGAGGAUGUGCAUGUGUUUAUAUGAAUUUGGGUUGUAUGCUUACAAUCAAAGCUAUGUAGGAUAGUGUAAAGAGCUAUUUUAUAGUCUGGAUUUGAAUCCCAGAUCAUGUACUAGCAAUUCACUUAGUCUCUCUUAACUUCGGUUUCUUUCUCUGUAAAAUGAGGAGUUGGACUAAAUAUC